UACAUUAAGGAAGUCUUACCAGUUGCACUUAAAUAUGGAAACAAGAUUUUUGGUGAUGAUUGGAUUUAUCAACAGGAUGGUGCAACGGCGCACACCCACAAUUUAACUCAAAAGUGGUGCAAAGACAACUUUCCGUCAUUUUUGGACAAAGAGUAUUGGCCGCCAAAUUCACCGGAUUUGAACUCACUCGAUUACUCAAUAUGGGACGAAUUCGUUCAACAAAUGAACUGGGACAAUGUUCAGUCGAAAAAGACAUUAAUUAACGAGCUGAAGCGAACACUUGGUUUCGUAUAUCAACGUACAUCAGAGAUAAAAAUUGCAUUGAAUUCACAAGCUUUUGUUGCGGCAAGGGUAAAAUAUUUUCAGAUUCUUGAAGGGUUCACAGAAGAUAAUGCACACUUAUACUAUCAUGAUGAAACUUCGAUAAAUCUUCGAGAUGUUAAACGAUCUAUUUGGACACUGAAUGGCGAAGGGGAAAUCAAAAAAGAUGGAGGAAAAGGUAAACCAUGACGUCACUCGUAAAUAAUUCUUCUACAUGUCAUUUUUUUUCUUGUUUACAGGG